GACCAUGAGGAAGCGGCGGCAGCCACUGUGGCCCUCGUCAAGGUGACCAGCCGGGACUGCGGCGGAGAGAGAGGCGGUGAGAGGAGCGGCUGGCGGGGCGGGGUGGGGCGGGGCCCAGGGCUCGGGCAGCUGCAGCGUGUGGGGGGUGGCGAUGGGGAAAAGGGCGCAGGUGCGGGAGGCGGGGCCCGCGGCCGGAGGGGGCCGGGGUCGGGGGCCUUGGCUCUGUGCGUGGGGCUCGGGCGGCCUCAGGGCCCAGGGGAGGGAGCUAGAACCCGUGUGCGGGGUAGCGGCGGGGAAAGGGCUCAGGUGUGGCGGCCUGGAGCAGCAGUGGGACGGGGCUGUGAGGGGAGCCUGGGGAAAAGCACAGGUGCAGUGGGCGGGGCUGAGGAUCCUCUGCUGGUCCGGAAGCGGGGCUGCAGGCGUACCUCACAAGAUGAAACCAAUACCUGGGACUGUUAUGGGGCCAAGAACCUGUGGCUAGACAGGCCAUAUGCCCCAGACCUCUUCUGCGAUGUCUACUGUGUGGACUUCUUCAGGCUGACCCGGCAUCCACACUUACUUACAGCAUUCAUCAAAUACGUCAUGAACUGUGUCUCCCUCCUCACUGCACCGGGUCACAACCUGGCCACAUCCUUGGCGUACUCCAAGAUAGCCAGAAGAGGGUCACUGAGCUACCACCCAAAAACCCUAUCCUGACAGCUUUAGUUACCCACAGCCCUCUUCUGAGAAAACCCACUGCAUAUUCCCACAUCUGCCUGAGGCCCUUAGGGCAACAGAAUACAGUUUGGCUCAGAUUCAGGAGCGAUGUGAUGUCUAGAAACGGGAGUGGCCGUGUGGGAACGGUAUGCUCCAUCCUUUAUUUCACAUCCUCUAUUUAAACAUGUUUGUAAACAUAGUCUCAAAAGAUGCGAAUGACAGAAACAGUGUAUUAUUUACCUAGAGUGUUCUUUGAUUUUAAAUUUUCUUAAUAAAAAAUGGAUUUCCUCUUUUAA